AUGUCUUCUUCAUAUAAUAAGAUAGGAAAACUUUUGGGUUGGCUAAGUUUUUUGGCUUUAUUCCAUUCAACUUAUUCAACUUAUGAACAUCUUUCUUACUUAAAAGCCGUGGAGAAAGUUCCAAACGAUGUACCAAUUGAAAACAAUUGA